AUGUGCUUUACCUCACUGACAACGAAAACUCGUCCAUCAUUACCCCGGGAAUUCUUUGCACGAAUUUACGAAACGUGCGAAACAAGCGAGCCUGCAAAAAUCAAAAGUCCACAUCUUGUCAUCGAAAGGAAAGAAGAAAAUGAAGAUAACGAAGUUGAGAUAGUGGACAUAUCAUGUAACAGUGGUGAUGAGGAAGACGAAGAUGAUCACUCAACACCAUCCUCAAAGCUUCCCAAACAGCAAUACAAUAUCAACAAUGAUACUCUAUCUUUUGUACCCCGAUUGUUUUUAAAACCAGUAGCAGCGCCUUCGCACUGGAACCAGCUACAAUUAUCGCAUCUCCACGGCACUUUUGAUCAUGCAACAAGAGUCGAACAGCAUUUGCAUGGGCUUGCAGCUUUUUUAGCUAGGCGAAAGAAAAAGGUGGGCCGUCCACGUCGUCAGCGUACAACAUUCAGUCUUGAGCAAACACUGAAGCUUGAAUCGGAAUACAUUAGAGGAGAGUAUAUAUCCCGUAGCCGGCGCUUUGAACUUGCAGCAGCACUAAAUCUUACCGAGACUCAGAUAAAAAUUUGGUUCCAAAAUCGUCGUGCCAAGGACAAGCGACUAGAAAAGGCACGACAAGAUCAGCGUAUAAGGAAUGUCGCAAUAGCAGCUGGCCUAAGUAUGUACGUCCAACUGCCGGUCGGACUUUGCAGUUUCUGCCAUGCAUCGGUUUGCCUUUGUGCCUGCCUCCAGCCACCAACACCAGCGACAUCGAGUCCGACACUUGAUCGUAUGAGCGAGUCAAUCAAUGUAACGCCUCACUGAUUCUUUAUUACAUUAAAAAUAUUUUGCUACCCAUCCUUUAUUACUUAUGCAUAGAAUUAUAUGAAUUGUACAAAGUACAAGCUGAA